AUGGAACCAAGUCCGCGCGCGGUGUACACCCUCCUGCGAAGAUGCAACUUCCCCGCGUCUGCUUCGGCCAACAUUGUGGCGUUUCUGCACAAGCCGCACCUCUUAGUUCAGCCCUACGACAAGAGCUGCAUAAAAGUCAUUUCGCUCGAAACUGGCAACCCUGUCAAGUCUAUCUCAGUGCAGCAUCUCGGCAACGCUGGUGCGAUCCUCCACGGCAUUUCGCAGACUUUGACCUGCCAAGCGGAAGGCCCCUGCGUACUUGAACGGAGCCAAAGCCCUGUUGGCUUUUGUGUGGCUUUGCACUUGGCAGCGGAUGGUCAGCAGGUGUGGCAAACCUUUCCAGACAGGACCAGCACAGGCCUUUCGGAUUGGAGGCUGUCCAUCCGAAAUACAGUGGCAGGGUUGCAGCCUGUGCUCGAGCGUGACCAAGAUGGUCUACACGUGCACCUCGGUUCAGUGGUCGGGUCUCUGCAAGGCCAAGGCCAACAAGGCCAAGGCUGGUUUGCCGUGGCAUCCUGGAUGCCAGGAAACAAGAUUGAAGUGACCAUCCUCAGCUCGCUCGGGCACCACAUCGGCAGGCUGGAAGCACACGGUUGGAGGCGAACCAGUCGAGGCGUCUUCAGCAUGCAUGCGGAGGGAGAUGUGCUCACCUUGCGAAGCACCUAUGACCACGGAGAGAUCUUUGCAGGCAUCAGUGUGUACAGGAUAGAUGUCCAGCAAGGCCAGAUCACCCGUGUGCCCGUUUACUAUCACGAUGAGAAUGUGGAGUGCAUGUCGUGCAACGCCACGCACUGUCUCCUGACGUGGGAGCACGAGGUCUUUGCAUAUGAGCUGGGCCAGAACUUUUGGGGCAGCCAGAGGGCGAUCAUCCCCAAAACUCCGCAGCGAACGAGAGGAGCCCACUUCCUUCAAGACCACGUGCUGCUUUGCACUUCGCGGUUCCCAGACUACAACUUUGCGCGUCAAGAUGAUGUCACGUUGGAUCUGAUCAACUGGUCAGCCACGGGGAAACUCUCCUUUCAGAAGCAGGUUCUGCAGGGAAAUCUGGAUGGAGGGCUCUUCGCUUGCAAUUUGCGCCGCGCUGACUGCCGAGGGCUUGAAAGAUUGAACCUGCCGGAGUCGACAACCGUGACAGGUUGGAGCAGCAUCUCCGAGAGAUAG